GCAGGAAAUACGUUGAUAAAUAUGCAAGGUUCAUGUUUAGUCUUGGUGAGUACCGGUUUGUAUGUACUUCWSCCGUUUGUCUUAAGAACUCUUGCUUAAGCAGUUCCAACCAAAAUCAAUCAUCUUGAGACACACUGCAAGAACGAACAAUCGGUGCACCAAAAGGAAACUUGAUUCUAAAGCCAUCUUUAAGUCAUGUCUACUACCACAAAAUGUGAUUUAUACAAAGACCCGCCUGGUAAACGAGUAUGUGGUGGAUGUGGAAUGAAAAUCAAUGAUCGGUUUUUACUCAAAGCAUUAGAUCGUUAUUGGCACGAGGAUUGUCUAAAGUGUUCUUGUUGUGAGUGCAGACUGGGUGAGGUUGGCUCGACGCUCUAUACUAAAGCUGAGCUGAUUCUGUGUAAGCGUGAUUACUUACGGUUGUUUGGMAACCGGGGGUUCUGUGCAGUGUGCAGUAAAGCCAUUCCAGCCUUUGAAAUGGUGAUGCGAGCCCGCGAUAACGUCUACCAUCUUGAAUGUUUUUCAUGUCAGCGAUGUAGCCAACGAUUCUGCGUUGGCGACAAGUUUUAUUUAUUCAACAAUCGCAUUCUAUGCGUGGACGAUUACGAGGAAAUGAUGAUGUCAAAAAUGWCAGAACACAACAGAUAUAUGAUGUAAUAGGCGUUGCUACGGAGAAACAUUGCCAUCGUUACGGUUACGUUAURGUAUAUGACGAAGCGUUACCAUAGCUACCGUGAAUCACCAUGGAUUCUUAUCACCAUAUAUAGAGUUGCCAUAGAAAUCAUCACCAUGGUUGCUGUUGCUAUAGAAAUAAACGAUAACUAAUGUCGUAGUACUGAUUCCAUGGAAACAUACUAGGUUACAAUUCCAUGGUUUUUGUUCCAGCAGUUGGUGAAAGUAUAAAAUGUCAUCAACGGCAAAAUUUCCACUACAGAACAGAACUAGCACGCGCACUCUCUGACGACUUGUUUCCAUGGUAACGUUCAAGGGUCACCACGACAACAGUCACAUGCACUGACAAAUGACUAUAUCUCAAAAAAAUGUGAAAAAUAGUUUUGUAAAUAUAUUCAUAGUUGUGUUUCAAAUCACACAGUAGUGUGUAGUAAGUUUAUAAUGACAAAAUUAAUUUCUGUUUGAA